AUGGCUGGUUUUCCCUUGAUGCGCCAGACGAAAGCCGAAAUGCUCUGCAGAGAGGCGACAACUAAGCAGGAAAGCCACGCCGAUCAUCCGUUCCUUGUCCCAGUCGCCUUGCUAUUGAGAGUCACGAGUGUAUCCGUAUGCUCUGUCAGUCGACCUAGAAGCCGGCUGUGGAACACGCGAUGGGGAUGCAACCUAGAAGAUGCAAAUCGCCAUUUGCACUUACCUCGGAAAGGACGGCGAUACUGGAAUCACGAGAAGCAUGUAGUUGUGAUCUUCACGAUUAUUUCACGUCACAAUUGCAGCCGUCAAUUGCCACCUGAUGACGAUACCUUUGAGAUAUCCCGCCUUUCAUUGCCGCCAAAUGUUCCACAACAGUUCUCGCUGAUUAGAAUCGUUCGAAUGAAGGCCAAUAUGCCAGGAUUGAGCACAACAGCCCCCCCAGCCAUCUUGCGGGGCCGUCCGGUCGAAUACCAAAUCUGGACCAGAUGUACCGCUGAGCAGAGGCACUGGAGUUGGACGGCAGACUAUCAAAAAGGUACGAGGAUCCGUCAUAUGGCCCUCGUCUCCCAAGCCAAGCGUUUGGCCCAACAAGAAGCUGUAUCCCUCUGGCAUAUCACACGAAUAAUGUUCAGGCGAAAAAAAACAAAACUAAAAAAACUAAAAAAAACUCGAAGUCUCAGGCCCAAGAUGCACAAAAUGUUCAGCGAAAGCGGCGAAGGGACUUGUCACGCCGUCCAACAGGACCCUCGUGAAUGCAAAUGUACUUUCCCUCGGGGAUGGAGAGCAACUUCGCUCGUCUGUUCCGGUUGGCACUAUCCAGAAAUCGUUCCAACAUCCUUGCUUGGCCGACCUUGA